AUGGGCCCUCUAUGUAUGAUUCUUGUUUACAUUAUUUGCACCAUUUUCUUGAUUCCAGGAACUUUACUCACAAUUGGGAUCGUUGCAAUCUCAGUUGGAACUCUAACUGUUUAUGUUGCAGCAGUUUUGGGAUCUACUACAGCCAUGCUAUUGGGUAGAUUUGUAUUUAGAGAAACUCUGAUUCAAAAAUCCAAGAAGUAUAAGCUUUUUAGAGCUAUUGAUAAAGCUGUCGAGAAAGAAGGUAUGAAAUUGGUCUUCUUACUGAGAUUGUGCCCCAUCGCUCCUUUUACAGUCUUGAAUUAUCUAUUUGGAAUAACGUCGAUUCGAGUCAGAGAUUUUAUGCUAGGAGGCUUUGGUAUGCUUCCAGGGGCUAUUGUUUAUGUUUUACUGGGUACAACAAUAUCCAGUAUUGCUGAUGCUGCAAAUGGCAACUUUGAUGCAGGCAUUAUGCCUAUUAUACUCUUAGUUUUUGGUACAGGAAUGGCAAUAUUUGCUAUAAUCUAUAUAUCUAAGGUUACCAAAAGAUACCUUACUGCCAAUAUUAUUGAUCUUGAAACAGAACCGAGUAGUUCUCUUAUCAGUGACAAGAAGGAAAACUGUAGUGACGAUGACACUCAGAAACAAACCUACUAUGAAAUUGAUGGAGAAUAUUUAAACAACUAAUCAAGAAGUAGAUAAAAUAAUGAAACUAUUCUAAAAAAUGUCGACAUGAAUAUUGUUUAUACUACUCGUAUUAAUUGA